UACACUUCAACAUACGAAGCGUGAUGAUGAAGAAGAAGCCCUUCUCCAGUUCCUUGGAAAAGCACACCCUGGCAAAGGAUUAUUUAGUAUUGGGCACUACAGGUGAAGGGUCCUUUGGCCAAGUCAAAGUUGCUCUUCACCGUGUGACCAACACCAUGGUGGCCAUCAAAAUAUUGGAAAGAGAUCUGGGUAUGGACUACAUGAUCAGCUCUGAGAUUAAUCUCCUGAAAUCUCUGCACUACCCUCAUGUAAUACAACUGCUUCAGGUUAUCAAGACCAGGCAUGUAACCUACCUGGUAAUGGAAUAUGCAUCCCAGGGACCCCUGAAGAAAACAGUCACCAAGUGUGGGCAUCUGAAGGAAGAGGAGGCACGCACUCUAUUUAGAGAACUGACUUCAGCGAUCAAAUAUAUCCACAGCCGAAAUAUUGCCCACCGAGACAUCAAACCUGACAACAUCCUUGUGGAUUGGAAGGGGCAUGUGAAACUCAGUGAUUUCAGGUUGGGAAGAAGACUGGUUCCUGGGGAAAAGGUCAGGGGCUUCUGGGGCACACGAGAUUAUUGUGCUCCCGAGGUGUUCGGUCAAACAGACUACGAAGGGCUACCCCCAGACAUAUGGAGCCUGGGAGUGGUACUCUAUUUCCUGGUAUGGAUACCUCCCUUUCAGGGAGACAGAGUACUCCAACAUACAGCAGGAGAUCAUUUCCCGAAACUGCUGUAUCCCGCCUCACCUCUCCCCAGAGCUUCAAGACCUACUGAACUGCUUAAUGACGGUAGACCCCACAAAGAGGCCCCCCUAUCAGGGAAGUCAUGGCACACACGUGGCUGUGCCAUGAUGAAGAUAUACUGAGUCUUUCAGAAGAAACACCCACCGAGCCAGAGUCCAACAUUGUUUGGGAAAUGUUCUUCAUGGGAUACAAAAUUCAAGAAGUCAAAGAAGCUCUGAGAGAACAAAAGUAUAACAAUGUCAUGGCAACCUACUUGCUUGUAAAAAAGAAGUCUACCCAGCAGCGCCAGUUUCACCACACUGGAGGGCUGGGUGGCACAAUGGACCCUGCCAAAGCUGCUGACCUCCCUCUGCCUGUAAGGAGGGGAGCCUAUGUCCCUACCCUUUCCACCUUCAGUUUGCCCACUCUCCUUCAGCUACCUAAGGAUGAGAGUAAAGUCUGCAGUAGGUGGCACAGUUUGCCUCCCACCCCGACGUGCAGGCUCACAAAAACCAUCUCCCCAAAGCUUGAGAGACUUAGAGAGAUUCAGAGCAAUAUGGAGUGCUGGUUUCCUUCAUCAUCAACAACAAUACCACCAUCAUCAUUAUCAUUAUUGUCACCAACAAUAUACUCAGUGAACACAUGCUCAGCAAAUUUUGAAGAAAAUGAAGAGAGCUCGGAGUCUCUUGACACAGGAACAAGCACAUCCUCCCAGGAGACCAUAUGCAAGAACCCCUUUCCCAGUGAGGAGACCCAGGAAGAGGGCACAGGCACUGGGUCCUUACGAGACAGGAGCCCAUCCUCGAGAAUAAAAAGCCUUCAGAAGCACCUCCGAGGGCAGUGCCAGGGUGUGCCCAGAGUGCCACAGCGGGGCUGGAAGGUCCUGAAGAAGAGGAUUUGCCAAGCUUUAUGCAACUUGUGCUGCUGCAUUCCGGUGGCAAAGAGACAAAGAUUUAGGAAGACCAGAAUCAUGGCAGCCAAUGAGGACGGUUGCAGUGACACAGGCUAAUCUAAUCCCCUUCCUCUUAACAUAUUCACAGCAUGCAUUGAGGGGGCAGGGUUGACCCUGUAUCUAUCACCUACAAGAGAGAAUCCCAUCCUGCCCUCCCUUCUAGGAAUCCUCCAAAAUUUGAGCUAGAGGUAGACCCGAGCCUGGACAAGGAUGCUGGAGAAGGGUCGGUGAAAGGAACAAUGGAGCACUCAGAGGAAGUAGCCUAAGAGCCCAUGCCAGCCCAGUGCCAGCCCGGCCAACCAUAAGUCUUGCAUAGUUCUACUAAGAGGCCCCAUUCUUGUAUCUAUUUCAAGUGCUGGUGGAGGCACUGUGCUCCCUAGAGGCUAAUACCAGAGGGUAGAUGGCAGUUGGCUGAGGAUACAGACAGGAGAGGUCCAGAUUGGCAUUUCAGAUGACUGUGCCAGUGCCAAGAUAUGUCUAUAUCACAGGCUAAAAUUAAGGGCAAAAUGUCCUCUUUUUCUGAGGAGUGAGGGAAGAUUCUGGGAAGAAUGUCUGAGCUAAUGGCACUUCUGCCUAUCCCCUGUAGGGAGCUCCAUGCUGGGCAGCAGUCCCAGAAUAGCCCUGGUUCAGUACAUUGCUCUAACAGGAUUCAGAAGCCCUGGGAAGGAAAAAACAUGGAGUUUUGGUAAUAACCAUGGAAACUGAGAAGGAACACCAGACUUCAGAGAACCUUCCACGCACAUUGAGAAUGUCAGCCCCGCUACCUGUCUCCAGGAGGACCUGUGAGCUGAGGAGAUAAGGCACUGAAAGCAGAGGAAGGAACCUAGAGGACUUGGACUGCUGCACAUAUUCAUCAUCAGGAGACUGAGAAGCAGUGAGGGUCCAUAUGGAGUCCAGAAGUGAAUACAGAGUAGAAAGGGACAGCUCAGCCCUACAGCUCUGGUGCGGGCCUCCACAGCAUCCCAGCAACUAGCCCAUCAAGCCAAGAGAGAUCCUGGAGCCUUCACAAAUCACCCCAGCUCUAGUGAAUGUGCAUGUCACUUUCAAACGAGCCAUGGGCAGCCAGUGGGAAAACUUGUUGCCCCACGUUGCCUCAGGGCUUCCAGUCCUGUUCAAGGUGAGACUAGACUGUCUUUUGAGAAGAUCCAAGGUGAGGUCUGAAGUGCUUGCCAUGUGAGUCUAGAGAAGGAGCUGGUAACAAUAUUGCAGGAGGCAGGGGAAUGUGGAUGGGAAAAGAGAUGGGACCCUCUGAUCUGACAGUGGGUUUCCUGUGGGCGGCCCACAGUGAUUUGCCACGUUCCCACCGAGCGGAGAGAUCCAGAAACUCUCAAAUAUGGUUACAGAGGAACUGGAUUCCUCCCUGUCCUGACCCCACUCUCUAGUGUGAACUAUUUGGUACAUAUUGAUCAUUUUUACCACAAAGCUGGCACCUGGCAUGCAACUGUCCUUGCUUCCUCUGCUGCCGCUGCCAUAUUGUCUCCAUUGCAGGCUGGGAAAGGCCAGGUGCUUCUGGUGCCAGUCCGUGAACCUAUGCUGUGGAAACUACAGAAAACCACCAGGAACAUCACUGAACAUGGACCAAGGCCUGAGGCCAGCCUCACCUGCAAAGGCCUGGGAAAGAGCCACCUUUUUGAGCACAGACACCUAGGUAGAAGAGAGGCACACAGGUCUACUUGAUAGAAGAGGUUUCUGCUCACUGACCAAGAAGUAGGGCCAGAGCCAGACUCACAAGUGGAUAGACUGAGAGGAACAAGUGAAAAUGUCUGCUGAUUCCAGGAGUAGCCAGGACCUUGUACUGACUCCUUGUUGUGGGACAGUGUCUGAGGCAGUUUGGCCAUUUUCUUCCCUGAGGGUGAUGCCUCUCUGUCCUUCAGGAGCCAAAUGAAGAAGUGACAUCAACCAAAAUCUGCAGAAAUCAACCAUUUUCAAAGAUCACGAGUUUGAAAGCUGAGUGAGUACUGAUCUUCAACAUUUUGUGAAGAUCAGCCAUCCGGGAUGUGCACAGAGAGCUAGGCACCAUGCUGUGCCUGCAGAAGUGUUACCAAGAAUGUCGCACACAGGAACCUGGACUAAACAUCUCUAUCUGUAAUGCAAAGAUUAUUUUCUUUACAAAAUAAAUUUAUUGUAUACUUUAGCCACCA